AUCCUGCCUAUGGCCCCUGUAUUCGCUGCGCUUUGUACUGUUUUCUGGACAAUUGAUCGAUUCAUUACUAUGUCGAUUGCUUAAACCAGUUGAUGGAGAUGCCCUUCACUUUGAUCUUGGGGGCAAGAUUACUACAUUUUCCAUAUUCGAGUUUGCCCUCAUCACUAGAUUGAGAUGUACAGGCGAAGAGGUGGUGAGGGCCAAUAUCCGACAGACAAGGAGCUGUUGAAUGAUUAUUUUAAUGGUACACGACAGUGACACUGGUACAGUUAGGAGAUGCAUUCAGGGAUGUGACCAGAUGUCCGACAAGUUGAAGUUGGAGACGGUGUUUAUUCUCGAGAGCGUACUAAGGUGUCAUCACAAGAAGACGUCGAUUGACGUUUUUCAUUUGCAAGUUGUUGAUGGCAUCGAUACGUUCAACGACUAUCCAUGGGGGCAGAGAUGUUUUGUCGAUACUUUAUGCGUCUUCAGGAGGGGGCAUUCGAUGCCUAGGGGAGACAAGCCGAAGCGUAAGUAUGAUAUAUAUGGCAUAUCGUUAGGUUUGCAGGUAAAUGUUUAACAUAAUCAGAGUGCUUUCAUCGAUGACAUGUUCUGACUUAUGAUGGAGAUCAGAGGCGACGUAGCAGACUUACGAGGCGAAGUAGCUGACUUACGACAUGAUGUCGGGAUAGUACAAGUCGGUUUAAGAGAGCUUUAUGCUUGGAUCGUAGCGAUACGGGGCGACAUAGCAGGCCUGCGUGGGACUGGCGGGUAUCAAAGUGGGACUGGUGAGUAUCGGGAUCGGGGGGUGGUGGAGGGACUGGUGGUUAUCAGGGUCGAGGGGAUACGUUGACUCGUUGUGGGCAUCGGAUGAUGCAUUAGCUUCAUAUCUCGGUGGCCCGAUAAAGAUGGAGAUGGAGGAUCAUGCCCUGAUGGAGAUGGAGGCAGAGGGAAUACUUGAGGUGGAAAGGGUGCCGGAGAAGGUCGUGAGGGUGUCGGGGGAGGGGGUACCUGAAGUGAAAAAUUGAAGAGGGUGCCGGAGGAAGAGGAGGUCGUGAGGGUGCCAGAGGACGGGGGGUACCCGAGAAUGAGGUCGAGAGGGUUUCGGAGGAGAAGGUCAUGAGGGUAUCGGUGGAGGACGGGGUACUCGGGGCGGAAGUCGAAAGGGUGCCAGAGGAGGAGGAGGUCGUGAGGGUGUCAGAGGACAAUGAAGUACUUAAGGCGGAGGUCGGGAGGAUGCCGGAGGAGGAGGUCGUGAGGGUGUCGGAGGAGGAGGGGGUACCUGAGGCGGGGGUCAGGAGGGUGCCGAAGGAAGAGGGGGUACCAUCUCGGAUGCUAGAAUCGUCGGACGUAGUUUUUGUGUCGGAGGGGACAAAAGAGGCGGUCCCGAUGGUAGGUGAGGGGAUACCGGAGAUCGAGAAGGUGUUGCGUGUCGGAGCUGGUGGUCAGCAAGAGGCCGAGGGCACCAUUACAGUACGUCGUUUCUCUGUUUAUCACGAAAACGAAGAGGAGGAGGUUCGUCGACGGCAUGCACCCCAAUUUAUUCAGGGAGGUGGACCACGCCAAGUAGAAAGAGUUCGAAACGGAGUGGAGAGAAUUUACGUCUGGCCAGCCGCAAGAUUGCUCAUAAGACGAUUUCGGACGCUUACAAGUGUUUUUACGACAUCACUACUUCGAGGGCUUGGCUUGCCGACGAUAUAAGUGAAGUACACAUUGACUUCGCCAUGGAUUUGCUACGAGAUUGAGCUGAAAGUCAUCCAAGAUUGUUCAACAUUCCUGGCCGACUCAUAUUGAACACUGAGUUCAUACGUGCCGUUGACAUUGAUUACAGAUGCUCCAAGCUAUGGGUAGCGAGUACACGAUGCCUACAUACAUGAUGGAGUAGGUCGUAGGGAUGUGGCCGAGUGUCAGGAGAUAGCCAUGGGAGGGUUGUACGCAUCUGUAUAUCCCAGUGUGUGUGAAUCAUCACUACAUUACAGUGGAGAUUGUAUUCGCCGAUUCAACUAUGUAUGUGUAUGACCUCGAUCAUUCAUUCCCGACACAAGGUCAAUUCGAGAAAAAUUUGGAGUCGGUGUCCGUGAUCGUCCCCAUGCCGGCUAGGCGAGCGAACAUCACUGUGCAAGAUAGACUGGCCACCGUGCGGGACACGACGACGGCGAGACAGCAAAUAUCGUAAGUGUUUGUUAUUUUAUUUUUUAAUUUACAACGAACGUUCUAGUUAGAAGAUAAUGUGCUACUACAAUAUUUUGUAAUUAUAGGGGUGAUUACGACAUGUUCGUCAUCAAGUAUAUAGAAUUUUUGAGUGUACCACAGAAGGUUGAUGCAAUCAACCAGGCACGGAUACAAAAUUGGAUAAAUAAAUUAGCUUGUGAUUUA